AUGCUAGAUAUGAUUGAUAAUGAAUAUAGCAGUGAGAAUUCUAGUGAGUCUAAUAGCAAUAUUAGUAGUGAUGAAAUGUUUGAAGAUAAUAUAAUGAUGAAUAAAGAAGAGGCAGAAGAUAUUGUUAAUAAAUUACUUGAGCAAAGAAAAAAACUGAAAAGGCCCCUUGUUUAUAUAGGAAAUUCCAUAAGAACUUAUCAACGAAAACGUCUUGAAAGUAAGAAAAUGGCCAUAGGAUCUGCUCACAUAACUGACUUCUUCAGACCAAAUAAUAAUUUAGAUCAAAGUAAUAAAAGUAGCAAAGAGAAUAGUUUCAAUAAUAAUGAUAAGUUAGAAAAUAGUGAAUCAGAUGAUAAACGAUGUCAAGAUGCAGAAAUUAUUAAUAAUGAAAAUGAUAAAAACAUAAAAAAUGCAAUCGAACGAAUUGAAAACUUAAUAAAAUAUGAGAAACCUCAAAAAGUCGAGCUAGUUCAGUACCAAUCAGUUGUUGGAUAUCUGCGAAAACAUUCUUCCAAGUCCCUUCUGCAUGAUGAAUCAGUGUGUAUGUGUGUAGCUGAUUAUCUUAGAUCAAAUAAAUUUAAAGUAAGUUUUUAUUUGGUAAAACAAUAUCUUGAAGAGAAUAUAUUUCUAGACCUUGGAUUUGAUAUACCCCAAACAAAGGGAAUUUAUGUUGAUGGUCAUGAGUGUCCUGACGUAGUAGCGUACCAAAACAAAUUCCUAAAUCAAAUUGUUGAAUAUGAACUAUUAAUACCAAAAUGGCUUGCCAAAGAGUGUAAAAUAAGAACUUCACCAAUGUUAGAUUUAAAUCAAAAACUACAUAUCUUAGUAACACAUGAUGAGUCAACCUUUUAUGCAUAUAAUAGAGUGCAUGCUUUUUGGGGUCCACAAGGAGAACAACCUUUGAGAAAAAAAGGGACAGUGAUUAUGGCAUUAGGUGCAAAUAAAGAUAGUUAUUGGAAUAGUGAAUGGUUGCUUAAACAGCCGAAAAUGCAUUCAACAAAGUGGAAUGGUCAUGACCAAGAGAUGGUUUAUCCUCUUAACCAUCUAAAAAAAAAACUACGAGGCCAAGCAAAAGGGAUGAAAGCAAUUUUGGAAGAACGAGGAUUAUGGCAAGAUGGUUUAUUGGCAGAAUAUGAAACAUGCAAAAAAAAAAAGAUAAGGAUACUGAAGCAGUAG